CAAGCGUAACCCAACCCCGGGAUUUGAGAACAAGCUACCGUUAUACAUUCUAUAAAUAAGACAAAAGGUGUCUUGAUAUCAAAUGAAUCUUUGCUCAUUUUGCGUCGGUGUUUCUACCAGGUUAGGUCAACUCUGCAAGACAAUGGCUUUCAACUUUUCCUUGACGAAGCUUUUGCCAAUCGCGGCUGUGGCGGCCGGUGGUACAGCAGCUUACUAUAAACUAGGAUCAAAUGCUGAAGCCAGGCUCCCACCCACUUCGCAAGUUGCCGUUCCCCCCAAGCGCUGAUUUUCCUGACUUGUCAAAGCACCACAAUAUUAUGAAGAAUCAUCUUACCCCUGGUGUGUAUGCGCAACUGAGAGACAGAGUCACGCCGAACGGUAUCACCCUAGACCAGUGUAUUCAGACUGGUGUAGACAACCCUGGCCACCCGUUCAUUAAGAUCGUGGGACUCGUGGCAGGAGACGAGGAAUCAUACGAGACCUUCAAAGAGCUUUUCUAUCCCGUCAUAAAGGAGAGGCACAACGGUUAUGAUCCCGAAACCAUGGUCCACCCCAUUGAUUUGGACCCGUCUAAACUCGCAGGGGGAAAGUUGGACGAAAAAUACGUCCUCUCAUCCCGUGUAAGAACUGGACGUGCAAUUCGUGGAAUCCCCCACCCACCUAUGUGCAGCAGAGCGGAACGACGUGAAGUGGAGCGUGUCGUGACGGAUGCUCUGCAAGGAUUGCCAAAGGACCUUGAAGGGAAGUAUUAUUCGUUGAAGACGAUGACUGAUAAGGAGCAAGAUCAACUUAUUGACGACCACUUCCUGUUCGACAAACCGGUGUCGCCUUUGCUGACGUCAGCUGGCAUGGCACGUGACUGGCCCGACGGUCGAGGAAUCUUCCACAACGAUAAGAAGAACUUCCUCGUGUGGAUCAAUGAAGAGGAUCACUCCAGGAUCAUUUCAAUGGAGAAGGGAGGAAACAUGAAGUCCGUGUUCGAGCGCUUCUGCCGCGGCAUCAACGAGGUCGAGAAACUCAUCCAAGAAAAAGGUUGGGAGUUCCAGAAGUCAGAAAACCUUGGCUACAUCCUGACUUGCCCGUCCAAUAUUGGAAACGGUCUUAGAUGCGGAGUCCACGUUAAACUGCCAAAGCUCUCACAGGAACCCAAAUUCAAUGAGAUCCUGGAGAAGCUUCGUCUCCAGAAGCGUGGAACCGGUGGUGUGGACACAGCUGCCGUAGGUGGAACUUUUGAUAUCUCCAACCUUGAUCGACUUGGGAAAUCCGAGGUGCAACUGGUGCAAGAAGUGGUUGAUGGAGUAAGCCUUAUGAUUGAUAUGGAAAAGAAAUUGGAGAAAAGACAAAGCAUCCAACACCUUAUUCCAAAAUAAACUGAACAACUCGUGUACAUAGAACCAACAUUGAGAUUAUAUAUAUGAGAUUAACAAAUAUUGUAAAUAAAUCUAUUUUUUAGGUACUGUUAUAAAUAUUAUUUCUUUAUUUUUUACUACGUAGGCUUUCGUUCCUUUACCGAACCCAGUAUUAAUUUGCGAGGUAGUAUACUGUAUAUAAUUCCUUUUAAUUUGGCAUGAUUGCUGUUUGCACAGACGCACGUUACACUGUAGUGGUUAAUCCUUUAAGCCCAAGAAUACUUAGCCAAUAGCUUAACUGUACAUAGGCAUGCAUAGGUUUGUAUAUAUAGUAGCUUUAGAUCGGGACGUUGUUGUACUGCAGUUUUAUAUUUGAAAACUAACCUAAAACACAGCACACAGCGAAAUAAGCCGACUUCCCUAACGUUCAACUAUUUACUUGUUUGCGUAGGUUUUUUUAGAUGCCUGAAAUCCAAGCCAAGACUUUACCUGACGUGUUCCACGCUUAGUAGACCAAUUGCCGCUUUUCUGUAUAGCUGUAGCUUAUCUUAUUCAGCUCUGUUCAGUAUGUGAACUUUAACAAAAAAACUUUUUGUUUGCUGUUAAUUUUAACAUUUUAGGCAAUUGUUCACAUACUGUUCAUUGCCUGCGUUUAUAUUUUUUUAUGCUGUGCUUUUUUAACUUUGUAAAUAUUUGCUGCACGUUCAAAUCUCUGGGUCAAUCCUUCAUGGGUGAUUCCAUCAAAAGGCUCAUCACUGUGAAGCUAGUAGCUUGUGUUGCUUUUUCUGAAACUUUAAAUAAAACUGAAUCUUAUUUUCUAAA